CAAGGAAUCUGUCUUGCAGCGGACUCCUCCAAGCAGCAGAUCUCCUGCUGCACGGCCACCGUGGUUUCCAAGAGGAAGGAGCUCUCCCUGGCCGACAGGGUCAAGCUGCUGCAGGCCCUGGAGUCACCGUCAGCCUCCCUCUCCAGCGUGGCCAAGCUCUUUGGCAUCUCCAAGAGCCAGGCGGGCCGGAUCGGCCGGAGCCGGGAGCAGAUCCUGGCCGACUGGCGCACCAACGCCAACCCGCUGCGCAAGCGCAAGCGUGAGGGCAAAGGCGGCGAGGUGGAAGACGCGCUCUUCGCCUGGUUCCAGCAGGCGCUGGCCGGGGGCGAGCGCCUCUCGGGGCCCAUCCUGAAGGCCAAGGCGCAGGAGCUGGCCUCAAACUCCGGCCGAGAGUUCGAGGCCACCGAUGGCUGGCUUUGCAGGUGGAAGACCCGCCACAACAUUGUCUUCAAGCGGCAGCACAGCGAGAAGCAGGAUGCGGACAUCAGCAGUGCCCAGAGCUGGGUGAGCGAGGUGCUGCCUUCCCUGCUAGCCAGCUACAGCGCCGAGAACAUCUUCAACGCGGACGAGACGGGGCUGCUAUACCGCAGCUACCCGGACCGGGCACACACAUCCCGGGACCUCCAGCUGCUGGGCGGCAGGAAGGCCAAGGACCGGAUCUCCAUCCUGUGCUGCACCAACCACACUGGCAACGAGCCCCUGCCGGUAGCCUACGCCAACUCGGCCAACGCUUGGGUGACGGCGCACAUCUUCCAGGAGUGGGUUCUGCAGUGGGACCAGGAGCUUCGCCGCGACCGCCGCAGGAUCGUGCUCUUUGUGGGCCACAGCAGCGCGCACCCUUGCGAGCUGAAGGCCAAGCUGCGCAACAUCAAGCUGGUUUACUUCCCCCCCAACACCACCAGCAUCACCCAGCCCAUGGACAUGGGUGUGAUCUGCAACCUGAAGGGUCACUACCGGGCGCUGGUGCUGGCCAAGGCGCUCCAGAACCCGGAGCUGGGCCAGGCAGGGCGGGCGGCCGAGAUCGCCGGGCGCGUGACGCUGCUGGACGCCAUCUACAUCUUGCACCAGGCCUGGAGCUUGGUCCAGCCGGCAACAGUGCAGAGCUGCUUCCAGAAAGCUGGUUUCCACCUGGUGCCCUUCGAGAGGGGGGAGGCCGACCCGGCCCCGCUGGCGGACGUGCCCCGGCCGCCCUUCAUGAGCGAGCAGGACUUCCUGGAGUUCGUCAGCAUGGACGCGGAGGAGCCGGCCGUGGGCGAGAUGACCGGCGAGGAGAGCUGGCUGGGGCAGCCGUGACAGCAGG